GUGGGGGGCAGUUUUUUUAUUUCAAAAAUAAAUCAAAUAAAUAAAUAAGUAUGUACGUAUAUACAUCCAUACGUGCCUGCCUGCCAGGAGUGAACCAAGAGAUAUAAACAGUGGGAAAUGGAGCAAAGCUGCCAGUGUGUGUGCUAUAAAUGGACUACAGUAGGAGUGCAGGUGUUGUUUACACUGCGUGUAAACCUCAUCGUUUGAGGUGGGGCUAAAAUGAGCAUAACUAGUGACGAAGUAAACUUCCUGGUUUAUCGAUAUCUCCAAGAAUCAGGUUUUUCUCAUUCAGCUUUCACUUUUGGAAUAGAAAGUCAUAUAAGUCAAUCAAACAUCAACGGGACGCUAGUGCCACCUGCAGCACUGAUCUCCAUCCUUCAGAAAGGACUGCAGUAUGUGGAGGCAGAGAUCAGCAUCAAUGAGGACGGCACGGUGUUUGAUGGCCGGCCAAUUGAGUCGCUGUCUUUAAUAGACGCCGUGAUGCCUGACGUUGUACAGACCCGUCAGCAAGCGUUCAGAGAUAAACUAGCGCAGCAGCAGCAGCAACAACAGCAACAACAACAGCAACAACAACAGCAGCAGCAGCAACAACAACAGCAGCAGCAGCAGCAGCAACAACAACCAGCCACAGCAUCGACAGCUCCACAGCAACCAACGCCAAAGAAUGGAGAAGCCACUGUAAACGGGGAGGAAAAUGGAGCACACACCAUCACUAACAAUCACUCUGAGGCCAUGGAAAUAGACGGAGAUGUCGAGAUCCCUACAAACAAAUCCACAGUCUUAAGGGGCCACGAAUCCGAAGUAUUCAUUUGUGCCUGGAACCCUGUCAGUGAUCUCCUGGCGUCUGGUUCUGGAGACUCAACUGCAAGGAUAUGGAAUCUGAAUGAGAACAGCAACAGUGGGCCAACUCAAUUAGUACUGAGACACUGUAUAAGAGAAGGCGGGCAAGAUGUCCCUAGCAAUAAGGAUGUUACAUCACUCGACUGGAAUAGUGACGGAACGCUGUUGGCUACAGGGUCCUACGAUGGAUUUGCAAGGAUAUGGACAAAAGACGGCAAUCUCGCAAGCACCCUCGGACAACAUAAAGGUCCCAUCUUUGCUUUAAAAUGGAACAAGAAGGGAAACUAUAUUCUGAGCGCAGGCGUUGAUAAGACGACAAUAAUUUGGGACGCUCACACAGGAGAAGCCAAACAGCAGUUUCCAUUCCACUCUGCUCCUGCCUUGGAUGUGGACUGGCAGAACAACACUACGUUUGCAUCCUGCAGUACGGAUAUGUGCAUUCACGUGUGCAGACUUGGCUGUGAUCGUCCAGUCAAAACAUUCCAAGGACACACAAAUGAAGUAAAUGCUAUCAAAUGGGACCCAUCUGGUAUGCUGCUAGCAUCCUGCUCAGACGACAUGACACUGAAGAUCUGGAACAUGAAGCAGGACACGUGCGUACAUGAUUUGCAGGCCCACAAUAAGGAGAUCUACACUAUAAAAUGGAGUCCUACUGGCCCAGGCACCAACAACCCUAACUCUUAUAUCAUGUUAGCCAGUGCUUCAUUCGACUCAACUGUCCGCCUAUGGGAUGUGGAAAGAGGAGUUUGCCUUCACACCUUAACCAAGCACCAAGAACCUGUCUACAGUGUAGCCUUCAGUCCUGACGGCAAAUAUCUAGCCAGUGGGUCUUUUGACAAAUGUGUCCAUAUAUGGAACACUCAGACGGGGGCUCUAGUACACAGCUACAGAGGGACCGGAGGGAUCUUUGAGGUCUGUUGGAAUGCAUCAGGGGACAAAGUGGGAGCGAGCGCAUCAGAUGGUUCUGUCUGCGUGCUUGAUCUACGGAAAUAGCAGAUGGCGCAGGGUGACAGGAUGUAAGAUUAGACCGGCAGUGAAUGUGUGGGUGGCAAGCACGCUCCUUCACAGUGUGUCAGCUCCAGAACCACAAAAAAAACUGACUUUAACACGAAUGGUAAAACCAGCUCUCCCUGUCAGUCAGUUUAAUUCUGAUUUUUUAUAUAUGAAAAGAAAUAAUUUUUUGGUUGUCUGCAAGACCUCUUCCCCUCCUCCUCCC